AUGCGUUUCGCUCUUUUCUGUUUAAUUGCCCUUGGGGCUAAUACUGCUAUUGCGAGUGUUUGCAAACCUCGCCAGUCGAGCGAAACUAGUGUUGUGAUGGUAGAGGCUACAACUGUGACUGUUUCUGAGUCCGGUUCCCCUACAAGCACAAAGCUUGUGAGAACUGGCGGUACAACCUCAGCUACAAUCAUCACGACUUCAGAUAUAGCAGUCACCACAACUACCGAGUUUUCUACGAGUACCGCGACAUUAACUUCCGAGGAUACAACCACCGCCGAUUCAGUUACAACGGUCCUGUCAUCUGCUUCUACCGAAACAACAACCCUCACCGAAACGACCACAACAGCCACUCCACCCCUCGAAACAUUCCAAAUCAUCGCCCCAGAACACAAUUUCCACGAUGAAUACCUCAUCGGCCGCAAAAUCACCUCCCAAGUAAUGGGUUUCGACCUCGAACCCCAAUCCAACAUCCCAACCCUCACAUUCUCCAUCGAAGCAGAGUCAUCUUUUGUCUGCGAGAUAGACGGGAUGUACUUGUGUAUAGAAUACGCCUCGCCCUCUUCACCAGGCCAACUUCAACUCUGCAACAAGGAUAGUCUGGGUAACGGGCGCUGGAGUUUACUUACCUGCGAAAAGACGGACGAGCACGGUCUUGAGUGUUCUGUGCCGGCUGCGACGUGUGGGUUUAAUAUGAAUACGGGACAAGUCGUUUGUAAUGACUUGGAGGGUGAUUUCACGCAGUUUUACUUGGUGGGGAAUGGGAGUCAGAAUGGGUUUACUCUUGCUUUGGGUUCGAGGGAGCAUCCUCCUUCUUCGGACUACUAUACGGCGGUUGAGAUAGAGGUUACUUCCGUUCGGGAUGAGUUAUAG